AUGAGGGAUCCUUUCCCUAUUCCUCCUAUCCCCGCCCUCAGCAAGGCCGUCCAACCAUGGGCUGACUACCUCGGGUUGCCGACGCUGCCUCUGCAUAUUCACGAGGUCCUCUUGAUGGCCGCUCUCUACUUCUUUAUCGGCACUGUCGUCUCGCCCUUCCUAUCGAGCCGAAUCUUCCCUACCAAAUAUACAGCCCUCUCCAGGAGCAAGAGGCUGAGCUGGGAUGUCCACGUCGUGUCGUUUGUGCAGAGCACUACCAUCAAUAUCCUCGCACUAUGGGUUAUGUUCGUUGACGAGGAGCGCAAGAAUAUGGACUUGCAAGAGCGUGUCUGGGGAUAUACUGGCGGUGCAGCCAUGAUCCAAGCUCUCGCCGCGGGUUAUUUCCUCUAUGACCUCAUUAUCACUGUCGCCCAUCUCGAAAUAUUUGGUCUUGGUAUGCUCGCACAUGCUGUUAGUGCUUUGGCAGUUUAUUCUUUUGGCUUCCGCCCGUUCCUCAACUACUAUAGUAGUAACUUUAUCCUCUGGGAGCUGUCUUCGCCUUUCCUCAAUAUCCAUUGGUUCUUUGACAAGCUGGGUAUGACUGGAACCAAGCCGCAACUCUAUAAUGGCCUGAUACUUAUUGCUACCUUCUUCUCUUGCCGUCUUGUAUGGGGCACAUACCAAUCUGUCUUAGUCGCCCGUGACUUAUGGACCGGUGUAAACUCGACGCCUACCGUUCUAACAGCAUUAACUUCCGGCGAGCUUCUUGAGGCAUCAUUCCCUUCCCAGUAUACGAAUACCAUGCGAUUUGUAUCUCAGCCAGAUAGCAUCCCACUGUGGCUUGCCGCGGUAUACACUGCCAGCAACAUAACUUUGAACUCGUUGAACUUCUAUUGGUUCUUCAAGAUGAUCGAUGCCGUCCGCAAGCGGUUUGAUCCCAAGGAAAAAGAAGCCAAGGUCGAUGACAAGCCGAUAGAAGGCAAAGCUGUCACUACCGGCGCCCAACCAGGUAGUGACGAGUUAAAGACUCGUCCGCGCCGGCGAACUUUGCUCGAUGGAGAAGAAGCAGAUGAACCCCCACCAAUCUAA